AUGGCGCAAGCUCCUGCGGAAGACCAUUUUUUCAACACGGCGUUGUACGUUGGGGAUCUUGACAGCAGCGUCACCGAAGAUCAGCCCUAUGAUCACUUCAACGUGGUUGCCCAAGUUGUUUCCAUUAGAAUUUGCAGGGACUCUUUAACUCAGAAAUCCCUCGGUUACGGCUACGUCAAUUUCAGUAACGUUCAGGAUGCCGCAAAAGCAUUGAAUGAGCUAAAUUUCAGUGUGUUGAAAGGUAAACCCAUUAGGGUAAUGUACUCUAAUCGGGACCCUACUCUUCGUUGGACUGGUGCGGCUAACCUUCUUAUAAAGAAUUUGGAUAAGUCAAUCGAUCACAAGGAUCUAUUCGAUGUUUUUGCGACUUUUGGAAAUAUUCUAUCUUGCAAGGUUGCCAGGGAUGCUUCUGGCGUGUCUAAAGGUCAUGCUUUUGUGCAGUUUGAUAACGAAGACUCUGCAAAAGAGGCUACUGACAGGUUAAAUGGCAUGCUGCUCAAUGAUAAGAAGGUCUAUGUGGGUCCUUUCAUGCGAAAGAAGGAUAGAGAGGUUGUUCCUAGUGGUGACGCAAACUUUAGUAAUGUUUAUGUAAAAAACCUGUCGCAUAAAAUAAUGGAUGCUGAGUUGGGGACAAUUUUUGGAGAAUAUGGACCCAUUACUAGUGCUGCAGUGAUGAAAGAUGCAGAAGGUAGAUCAAAAGGUUUUGGUUUUGUCAAUUUCACAAAUGUUGUUGCUGCUGCUAGAGCUCGGGACGCUCUUGAUGGAAAGACUUUUGAUGGUAUGCAGUGGUAUGUUGGAAAAGCCCAGAGAAAAACUGAAAGGGAGCUUGAGCUGAAAGAGCGUCAUGAGCAGAAUUGGAAGCCUCAACCUUAUAAGCAAGGUACAAACUUGUAUAUCAAGAACUUGGACAGUAGUAUUGGGGAUGAAGAACUCAAGGAAAUUUUCUCUGGGUUUGGUACAAUAACCUCAUCCAAGAUUAUGCGAGAUCCAAAUGGAGUGAAUAAAGGAUAUGGAUUUGUUGCAUAUACAAAUCCGGAGGACGCAAAUCGGGCUCUUGCAUCGAUGAAUGGUCAAAUGAUUGCUGGCAAACCUCUCUAUGUUUCCCUUGCAGAGAAAAAGGAAGAUAGAAGAGCAAGGUUAAAGGUACAAUUUUCACAAAUGAGGAUUGCUGAGAUGAGACCACAAUUUUCGCUAGGUGCACCACCUCGAAUUCUAACGUACCCUAUGAGGCCUCCUGAGAUGACACCACAAUUAUUGUAUGGGCAAACACAUCGAGCAAUCAUAACUCAAAUUGCAUUUGGUUUCCAGCAACAGUUUUUUGGUGGAGGGACGGGUCCAGCGCCAGUCUUCUAUCCAGUUCUUCUGCCGCCGCCCAGAGGACCCCAAGAAGCAGGUCCUAUGCGAUUGCCAAUUUUACCCCAACAGGCCCUGGCAGCAGCCGUUGCCAAUGCUACUACUCCUGAUCAGCAGAGGAUUGUAAGACCUGUUUCUGGCCUGCUUGGGGAAACUUUAUUCCCGUUAGUAGAAAAGCUGGUGCGUGAUGCAGCACCAAAGGUUACUGGUAUGCUUUUGGAGAUGGACCAUGCUGAGGUAUUACAUCUGAUUGAGUCACCAGAUGCUCUAGACACAAAAGUUACUGACGCCAUGUAUUUGUUGAGAAAAUUUGAAGAGAUCAAACAAUCGAUCGACCAAGUGACUGUCUCUGAAGGACAAUCCACA